AUGGAACAACUUGAUGGAGUCUUGCAGAGGAACAGCAAAGAAAUGUUGAAGCUCAGAAAACUCAACAAUGCUAAUAUGGGACAGAUGCUGAUGCGCCAACAGGAAGGUGAAAGCCGAUUGGUUUCAACAGAGAACAAGCUGGAAGCAGCCAAGCUGCGGUUCAACACCAUCCAAUGGGAGAACAAGAAAAUUAGGGAAGAAAUCGAACAUAUGCUAAAGGAUAGAGCUGCAUUCAAUCAGUCGUGGAAAAAAAUGAUGGCCGCUUUGUCUAAAGGCAAAAAAUUCUUAACGGACCUAUUUGAAUCAUCGACACUCGCUUACGACCAACGUGAUGAAAUAUGUGCUAAACUCCGCUCGGUCCAGGAGAAAGCGAAGAUGGAUCAAUUGCAACAAGUUCAGGAAAUGCGAGAUCAUCAAAAGGCAUUCGAUCAUGAGAUGAAGCUCUUCCACUUUUUAGCGAGGAAAGGCGUAAUGAGGAUUAAUGACAAACAGACGGAGCGAGAGGAAGAAUGGAAGAAGCAAAAAGAAGAGAGAGAACAGCAAGAGUACGCGACGCAUACGAGAAUACUCGACGAUAUUUACGAAUACACAAAGGAGGAUGACAUAAACAAAAUCAUAACCAACUUCAAAAAGACGGAACACAACAAUUUCUCGAUUUACAUACUUCUUACGGAAUUCUGUGCUGAGAACGUGGUCUUAGAGAAAGAAGUCGCUAAUAUCAGACGACAGAUCGAAGACAGAAGAGAUUGGAAUGAAAAGAAAGAUUUAGAACGCGAAACAAUCAUACAGAAGUUAAAACUCCAUCUAGAAGAGAAACAAACUACCACAGAGAAACUGAGAACUAAACUAGCAGAACAAGAACAGAUGCUUAAUAGAACAAUGGAGAAAAUUGGUGAAAUAUUCAGACAUGUAGUUCAACCUAUAUUACAAUCUUUAAAGGAACAUUGCAUCCAGAAAAAACCCAAAUCCAGCACAUCGCGGUUAAAAAAAUACACAAUACAGCCGAAACUGGCGGACUUUUGGACCCCCACUCACAUCGACUUACUGGUGCCGGCUACUCCCUGUCCAGCGUGCGUUGAAUCUCGCUGGAUCUCUCGCGUAAUAGAAAACUUGGAGGUGCCGUUUGACCACCAGAUGGCACUUGAAGCUCUAUCGGCGCUGAUCGAGGAACCAGCCUUCUUGCGAAGCGACCGCGUACAUCAGCUCAACGAGUGUCGCGUGCCAAGUAGCAGGGCUAUAUUGGCUAAGAGAUAUAUGACCCAUUGA